CCUCAUUUCGAGACAACCGAUUUUGUGGUCUCUGUCUGUACUUUAUUUAUAUAGCAAAUGUAAUCGUUCAGGUUGCAAUAAUGUAGAUAUGAACGAUACUUCACCCUCUUGUGAUACCUAGCUAUCCGUCCAUGAUUUAGGUACUACAAACCAACGUUUACAUUUUUACAGGCGACGAGACUUGUCUGGCCAGCUAACCGCAUCAGCAAUAAGGGGUUUGUUUUCUUUAAUAACAACAACUAGUUAGCUACAGUAGCUAUCCUCCACCCGUGUUGAAUCGAGAAAUUAUGUUAUAACGUUAUUUUUGUGGCAAACAACACCUGUAAACUGUCUGUCAGUGUCAGUCUGUCGAAUGAGUUAACGGACUCAACACUAAACUAAAGCGAUUUAGCUGUAAACAUCUGUUUACUUACUUGGUAACUAGAGUUAGCAAGCACUGACAUCAAGAAGACAAAAAUGUGGCAAAGCGUUGGUCUCACUGUGCUGGUAAUUGUGGCCACCCUUGUGUGCGCUUUGCUCUUCAUGGUUUUUGGUUGGUAUGUUGUCUGGCAGCUCUUCCUGUCCAAGUUCAAGUUCCUGCGUGAGAUGUUGGGCGACACCGGCUCUCCGCAGGCCGAGACCGAGCCGUCCGAAUCCAAGAGCGAGCGUACCUCUCCUCCAAACCCACGCCAGAGGCCCAAGACUGCCCGCCAGAGGGCCGUUCCUCCUAAUAGCACUACAUAGAUGACCUCACCCGUCCUCUGUCAGCCACACCCUGUCCUCCUGUUCACCAAACCACCCGUCCUACUAGGAAACAGUGGUGGACCAAACGAAACCCCUUAAUAAAUGGCAAGAUGUCGAAUGCCAUACUACUCCCUCUCCCGAUGAAAUCCACCCCUCCACUCUGCACUACCUAAGGACAUCCUUGUCGAUGACACUUGACACUCUACUUUUCUCUCCUGGACACGCUCUUCUUACUAGACUAGGCACGGCUGCUGAUGUUAUAAAGGGACAAGCCAUCAAAUCAUGGAACAUUCUGUAAGCCACUUGUUCAUGUUUCAAAUAUGUAUUUUAGCUGUUCACGGUGUACGUACUGAGCAGUCUCUUCACCUGGCCUUCACUGACACUGCAACAUGGUCAGCUCUGACUGGCUGACACUGCAACAUGGUCAGCUCUGACUGGCUGACACUGCAACAUGGUCAGCUCUGACUGGCUGACACUGCAACAUGGUCAGCUCUGACUGGCUGACACUGCAACAUGGUCAGCUCUGACUGGCUGACACUGCAACAUGGUCAGCUCUGAUUGGCUGACACUGUAACAUGGUCAGCUCUGACUGGCUGACACUGUAACAUGGUCAGCUCUGACUGGCUGACACUGUAACAUGGUCAGCUCUGACUGGCUGACACUGUAACAUGGUCAGCUCUGACUGGCUGACACUGCAACAUGGUCAGCUCUGACUGGCUGACACUAACAUGGUCAGCUCUGAUUGGCUGACACUGUAACAUGGUCAGCUUUGAUUGGCUGACACUGCAAUAUGGUCAGCUCUAACUGGCUGACACUGCAACAUGUUCAGCUCUGACUGGCUGACACUGGAACAGGGUCAGCUCUGAUUGGCUGACACUGGAACAUGGUCAGCUCUGAUUGGCUGACACUGGAACAUGGUCAGCUCUGAUUGGCUGUCACUGGAACAUGGUCAGCUCUGACUGGCUGUCAUGCUGCUGACACCUGCAUGGGGAAUCCGUUUCUCCAAUAUCAGACAGCUGAGUGUGAAUUCUCUGUCAUGACGGUGUGUGUGUGUGCGUUUAUGAGAGUGCGUUUAUUUGAACAUACGUAUGUUUGUAGUAAAGCCUAUAUUCUGACACAGACAAACCGUUUUAUAAAACAGGCACAUUUGUUAUCAUUUACUUAAAAAAAAAAAACUGCUAGAAGAGAAACUGGAUUAAACAAUUUGCAUAACUGACAACCGAAGUUCCUCGACGCGAAUAAAUGUCACUUUAUUUGUAA